GCUUUACUAAGAGAGGUAACAUCAGUGAGCUUUGACGCCGUGACGAGUUGUGCUUAUUAGCCUUCAAUGGAGUGACGUAGAAAGACGGAGGCCACCAGCGGAAUACCAUUAGGUUGUUUCAGAGCAUUACCUUCCCAGUGUCUAUAAUUCCCGAACCGUCCAAGUGGAAUGGAUCCUGAAGAGCAUGCCAAGCUGCUUUGUGAGCUGGAAUCAGUGUUCAGCGAUCCCGAAAUCAAAGAGAAAGUUGGAAGUGACAUCUUGAGGAGAAUGUUCCUACGGAAUCCAAGCCUCAUGAAUUUGUACAAACCACUGCAAUCCUCAACGCUGCCACAAGCGAUGAAUUCCACCUACGUUCGGCGGCUUGCGGUGAAAUAUGUCGACAGUAUAUUGGAGCUUGUGCGCAAUUAUAAUAGUCCGAAGGAGUUGCAGAAGUCCAUACUAAUUCUGAGUGAUAUACACAGACAUCGUGGCAUUACAGUGGCGCAUUUUAUGGUGAGUCAUUCGGUUCAAAGUGAAGCAUAUAUUCAGUGGUUCGGCACAGCACUAAUAUUUGAUUGA